AUGGAGCAGGAUCUCUCCCAGAUGGAGCAGACAGGCAGCACAACCAGGGCAUUCUCCUUGUGUGAAAGUUGUCUUCUAGCAAAACUAUAUCAUACUGCUCUAAAUAUAAUCAGUGAUGGUGAUGAUGAAGAGGACCGUCGUGAAAAAGCUAAUGGGUUUGAUAUUGGGCCAAAGGCGCUCUUCACUGUCAAAUUACGGCUCUCAGGGAUGCACACUGAAGAAAUGGCCUUAAGAAUGGCUAGAAAACAUGAACAUUUUGGAUUAAGCUAUUUGGAAGAAUUGAAUAUAGUUAAGGAGCGUGAAAAUAUAUGCAAAGAAACUAGGCAGGAAUUUUUGAAAUUUAAACAAGAAUAUGGUUCUGACCAUGGAAAUGUAAACAAAGCUUUACAGGAAAUUAUGCCAUCAGGUCAGUCACUUCAGAUACAGUCUAAAACUGGAAGUCCCUUUCUAUGUUCUGAAAUCAAACAAUUUUCUUCUGAGUGGGAUACAUCUGCAAUCCAGAAAAAAGUAAGGAUUUCUCUUGAUGAAGAAGAAAAAACCAAGAUUGAAGAUACUGCAUGUCAGCCAAAGAAAUCUUCUAAGAAGCAGAACCAUACUGAUGGUAAAAAAAAGGCCUUUCAUUCUGGAAAAGCCAUCCUAGAACCUAAAAGUGAGAGCCCAGGAGAUGAAGGAGAAAAAAUGCCAGUAUUAAUAGCUUCUUUCGUAGGAACCACCAAGCAGAUGACCAUAUUGAAAAAACCAGAACCACUGAAACCAAAAUCUCCAAAGGUGCCUCGUGCAAAAUUACGGUUUAAAGAUCAGUCAAAAGAUAGCAUUCCUAAUAUUAAACAAUUUGAACAAAAAAUAUUAUCUCAGCAUAUAAUUCUUCCCUCAGCAGGGACCAGCACUGCAGACUUUGAUGAUUCCAGUUCUGUAAUUUCCACUGUAAGUGAAAAAUCUAUGAGCAUUCCUAAAGAAACCUCAGAAUCAAAUGUACCCAGUCGCUUAGAAAAAUCUUACAGUACAAAAAGCAGUGCUUCAUCUAGUAUUAAAAUUUCUCCAGCAUAUCUGGAAGAAACCAUAUCUGAAACUAGAGUAGGUUUUUCAAAAUCACGUUUGAAAUCUUCAUACAGCAAGUCGCACGUAUUUCAUUCCAUUUCAAAGAUGCCUUCUGGAAUUGUUUCACGAUCUAUUGAUGAAAUAAUCGAAUCUUUAAAGUCUACUGUUCCCACUGCUUCAGACUUAAAGAUCAAAGAACUCUUGGAGAGUAUUCUUGGCCAGGAUUAUCUUCUAAAAAUUCAACAGUCAACUACCAAAAAAGAUAUGCAGCCAAGUGAACUGGAAUUACCAGCUAUACGAAUGGCACCAGUGGAAAGUGACAUUAUUAAAUUGAAGCCAUCUCAAAUUAGAAAGGAUCGAUUUGUAUCUCCGUCUGUAUACCAAGGUAUACAACUGAUACCAGAAGAUUCAGAGCAACCAUUACCUGAAAGCUCCCAGUCAAGGUCCCUUUCCUACAGUGCACAGCUGCAGUCCUCUGAAGUGAGAGAAUAUAUUUCUGGAACUGAGGUUCCAGAUGUAGUAAUUCAAACAGCUACAGAAGAAUCAGAUUCUGCCUUUAAAACAGUUUCAGAGCAACAAAGCAUACAUGAAAGUGAAGAUUAUUUAUCUGAAGUGACAGAAUCAAUUGCUGAAAAGUCUAAAAGUUUGCUGCAUGUCUCUACUGAAGAAACAUUAGAAGACUUUGCAUCUUUAGGCAAGGACUUGAUAAUACAAGGAAAAGCAUUUCCAAAGGCUAGACCAGUUGAAACUCAGAAGAAGGUAGAAGACCUUCUGUAUCAACAACCAGUAUCUCUCCUUUCUACAUGGACUACAAAGAUCAAAGAUGUGGAUUACCCACUUAUUCAUCUUCUGUGUACCACCUCUCCUGGAUUUGUGUUACCCACUAAUCUGCAGCUAGUUUCUAGAGUACAUCAUACCUUAGACAAAAAUGGUCAUGAUAUUUCAUUACCACCUAUUAAUUUUGACUGCCACAAUUCUGAAGACCUAUUCCCAGUAACUGCUACAAUUGAGAAACAAAUCUUCAGAGAAAGAAAACUAAUGGCUUUUGGGAAAAAUAGGUGGGCCAUCACUGCUCCUUUAAUGCAAUAUACAUCCUGCUGCCUAUUGAUGCAAAUUGCUGAUCUGUAG